AUGUCAAGACAACUUGAUCUUGGCGCGUUCACUCAGGGUGAACGCAUAGGAAAGGGAAGUUUUGCAACCGUGUAUAAGGGACUGCAGAAAUCAACAAAUACGGCCGUCGCCAUCAAGGUCGUCCACAGAGCCCACCUCAACAAGGACAAGCGGCUGCUGGACAAUUUUGAGGCUGAGAUGAGAAUUCUUAAAAAGCUCAAGCAUCCACACGUCGUUAGUCUGAUUGAGGUUGUCCAGACGCAAACAGACUUCCAUCUCGUUAUGGAAUACUGCUCGUUGGGCGACCUGUCUUAUUUUAUUCGCAAACGCAGCCAGCUCAUACGCACAUUACCACUGGUUGCUGCAAUGUUUGAAAGAUACCCCUCGCCAGACUGGGGCGGUCUCAAUGAGACGGUCGUUCGCCACUUUCUCUGCCAGCUCUCCAGCGCCCUAGAGUUCUUGCGCGCGAACCACCUCGUACACCGCGACAUCAAACCACAAAACCUCUUACUACGGCCCCCGGCAAAAUCAGAGUCCGCUGCUCAAGAGGCUGGAUAUGCGGGACUCUGGGAGCUCCCGGUCCUGAAGAUUGCGGACUUUGGUUUUGCCCGGUUCCUCCCGGCGACCUCAAUGGCCGAAACUUUGUGCGGCAGCCCCCUCUACAUGGCGCCAGAGAUUCUCCACUACGAAAAAUAUAAUGCUAAGGCUGAUCUCUGGUCGGUGGGUGCUGUGGUCUACGAAAUGGCCGUCGGUAAGCCCCCGUUCCCUGCCGUCAAUCACAUGGACCUUAUCAAGAAGAUCGAUUCGGCAAAAGAUAAUAUCAAGUAUCCUGCUGAUACAGCUGUUGGUGAACAGGUGAAGCAAUUGGUAUCGGGGCUGCUCAAACGGUCUCCAGCAGAGCGUAUGGGAUUCGACGAGUUCUUCGCCCAUCCGGCUCUGGACGUAAUCGGUAACGGCCCUUUACGCAGCCAAGAGAUUGACGAGAAUAUGUACGUGUCGGAGUAUAUUGCCCAGGCAAGCAAGGACCAGCUACCGCAGCCGGACGACGUUGCCGCCCCCUCGUUGCCAACCACUCCGCUUAUUCGGUCGCAAGUGCUCACCGAUUCGCCCACUAGCCGCCUUGGAUCGUCUCCUGGCUUGCCCGUGUCGCCAACGGCAAUGGUGUCUCCACCGCUCUCUGCCGCCACCAGUCCUGCAGCACCUCGCAGUGCUGCGUCCAUGGGGUCCAGCUACGCAGCUAGCGGUGCUCGAUCGGAACGAUCAGACGACGGCUCUUACGUCCUCAUCGAGAAACGCACAGUCGAGGUCAAUGCAUUGGCCGACGAUCUGGCAAAGCCUGCCAAGGCUCCGACACCCAAGCGCCGGCUUUCUAUCACAUAUGGUACCUCACCAACCAACGCACUGGCCCAAGCUCUCAUUAAGUCAUCUGCGAGACUGUUUGGCGCCAAAAUUGACUCGGUCAGUGGAAUUAAUGCCCCAUCACUCCGUCGUACAACCCAAGCAUCUACUGGUGCAGUUGCGGCUGUGGCUGCCCAGUUGCCGAGCCUUACUGAAGAUAGCGAAAAGACCCUCGCUCAGGAACUCAGCGAUCUCGCGGCCAUGGGAAAAGUUGUUGGUCUGUAUGCCGAUAUCAAAUUCAGUGGAGUUGAGUCGCGUGUCGAAUCCUCAGCUGCAUCCCGGUUCCAGGUUUCGUCUCCAGUGUCAGACCCAACCCUGCAGGAUGUCCUUGCUCAGGAGGCGCUAGCUUUGUACCUCAAAGCUGCCAGCUUGUACUCGCGAGCUAUGGAAAAGGCACAGAAGUGGUGGGCUGGUAGUGACACGCCAGUAGCAACUCCGACGAUCAACAACAUUGUCCAGUACAUUCGGGACCGAUUCAACGAGACAGUUGAGCGGGCUGAAUCUGCACGUCAAUUGAUCCUGAAUGGCGCGGAAGACAACUUCUCCCCGGCGCAGCAUGUUUCAGCGGAGAAGUUGCUGUUCGAUCGUGCCCUGGAGAUGGCUCGAGCGGCGGCAGUUCAAGAAAUGAGCUCCAGUGACCUGGCGGCCUGUGAAGUGAACUACGGAACAGCUGUGUGGAUGCUACGUGCGCUGCUUGAUGGAAGCAAGCCAGACGAGGCCCUGAGCGUGGACGACAAGACAAUGGUUGAUGCGUUGAUGGAGAAGAUCGCCUUGCGUGUUCAGGCUCUCAAGAAGAGAAUCGCGUCGCUACCCCAGGCCAACAGCACUAGCCGCCGCGCGCCCACACCGUGA